AUGGCGUCCACUUUGGAAGGAGAGGACAAGGCACUGGUGCCGGACCUCCCGCAGGGGCCCCUCCAGGCAUUCCGUACCAGAGCAUCCUUCGACUGGAAGCACCUGCUGCUCUUCCUGGAAGGAGAGGAGGUGGUCCGCUUUAAGAGAACCAUCUUCUCGGCGCUGGAGAACGACCCUCUGUUUGUCCAGCACCGUGGAGCCCACCUGCCUUUGGAGAGGUACCGUGAGCUGAACUUCCUGCGUUGCAAGCGGAUUUUUGAGUACAGUUUCCUGAAUAUGGAGGACUUGCUGCAGGCACCCCUGAAAGUCCACGCCUUCAUCAGCUGCCUGGGCAUGUACGACUGGUCUCUGUGUACCAAGUACACCCUGGACAUGCUGGUGUUUCCCUUGGUCGUCUACAGCUUGGGCUCUGGAAGACACCUCAAGAGCCUUGAGAAGACCUUCAACAUGGAGGCAAUUUUUACUCUUUCCUCAGAGACCUUGACCGGACAAAUCUGAGGGAAGAGAAAUGAGAGUGUGUGUGUUUCCCUCAAGCAGGAGUUUGUCAUACAUUCCCCUGACUUUGAAGCGUCCAAAUUUUGGGUUGGAAACAUGGGCAAGACGGCUACUCACGCGGUCGUGUUUGCGCAGCUGUACAUGCCAGGUGGCCAGUGCCAUGGGCUGCACGCCUUUCUCCUGCAGAUCCGGGACCCGAAGACCCUGCUUCCCAUGCCUGGGGUGAUGGUUGGUGACAUCGGCAGGAAGCUUGGGCAGAACGGGCUGGAUAACGGGGGAUGGCUGCUCCGUCCCUGCCGGCUCACGACAUGGUGCUGUGGCUGCCCGGUCCGAGAGCCAGGCCCUGAGCUGGUCGUCGGGAGGCUCCUGGUUUCUGGGCCCCGUGGCCACUUGCAAUGGCGUCUGCUCCCGUACCUGGCGGCCACCUACGCCUUAGACCACUUCUCCAAGACUCUCUUUGUGGAUGUGGUGGCGUUCCAGCGAGACCUCCAGCAGCAGGACCGGAGCGCCAGGCAGGUGAGCNNNGGACGCGAGAUCCACGCUUUGGUGUCGGCCGGCAAGCCCCUGGCCUCGUGGACGGCACAGCGAGGAAUCCAGGAAUGCCGGGAGGCGUGUGGGGGACACGGGUACCUGGCCGUGAACCGCCUGGGGGUCCUGCGAGAUGACAAUGACCCAAACUGCACCUACGAAGGGGACAACAACGUCCUGCUGCAGCAGACCGGCAACUACCUGCUGGGUCUCCUGGCGGCCAGGGUCCGAGACGGAGCUCACUUUGAAAGCCCCCUGAAGACGGUGGACUUCCUCAAGGACUACCCGGACAUCCUCAGUCAGCGCUUCACCGACUCCAGUGGGGGUGGCUGGGAUGCCACAGACGUGCCGUACCUGCGCGUGUACUCCAUGCACAGCUGUGCUCUGGAAAGAGUAGGGGCCUCGCCCCGAGAACCGCUGUCCGCCUGCUGCAGUGUCAAGAGUGCAGGCUAUCGGGGCGGCACCCAGGCAGGGGCCCCUGGGGCAGAGGCGAACCCACCCUGCACCCAGCGCGCAUCCUUCACGGCCGUCCUGCUGGGCCGGGCAGCAGCAAGGCAUGACCUGAGCUGUGGCUACUUUUCCGGCGAGGACGCAGGCAGGAUGAUAGAGACCGCCAUCUUGGACCUGUGUUCCCAGCUGAAGGACGACGCGGUUGCCCUGGUGGACGUGCUGGCCCCUCCUGACUUCAUCCUGGACGCGCCGAUUGGCAGGGCCGAUGGCGAGAUCUACCGGAACCUCUGGGCCACCAUCCUCCAGGAGGACAAGGUGCUCGAGCGGGCCGCGUGGUGGCUGGAGUUCUGUGACAAGAAGCCCGUCCUCGGGAGUCUGAAACCAAAGCUGUAG